AUGGUCAAGACACAGUCAUUAGCAUUGUUUAUUACAAAGAACUGUAUAAACAGAUUCAUUCAUGAUGUUAAAUAUAGAAGACCAGGAUUCUCUGCUGGAGUGGGAAUUACAAGUGGAUCCGGAAUCAGCCAUGGAUCCGGAUUUACAACUGGAUCAGGAGUUUCCCAUGGUGGAGCCUCAGCCGGAGUAAGCUUUACAGCUGGAUCCGGAGGACUUGCACAUGGAUCUGGAUUUACCUCAGGAACAGGAGCUCCUACUGGAACCGGAGUCCUAACUGGCACAGGAAGUACCGGUGGUUUGAUCGGAGAUAGGUUCCCCUCUUUUACUGACGCCAUUGCCGCUGGAUGCAAGGAAGGAGAAAUUCUGCAUGUGGAUGGAACUUGCGUAGUUCCUGAAGUAUCUAGGAAAGUUUUUGUUGUCGAUGUUCCCCAACAACAACAACUAUCAGGUCCUCCACCAAGUGUUCCUCCUCCUAAAGUGGAUCAUAAUAUCCUUUUUGUGCGUCUUCCUGCAGAAGGUCUUGCACCUGAACCUAUCGUUGUUCCUCCACCAAGGCAAAACAACAUAGUUUAUGUCCUUAACAAGCAGAACGAGCAGGCUCAAAGGGUCAUUGAGGUCGAAGCUCCUCCACCUUCAGAGCCUGAAAUCUACUUCGUCAACUACGAUGAUGGAGAAAAUCCUACUCUUCCUGGAGGUAUCGAUCUUCUUACUGCUCUUGGAUCCGCUGCCGAGACUGGCGGGGAAGUAAUUGGUGCCGUAGGAGGCGCUGGUGCCGCUGGAGGUAUUGGUGGAGUCUCUGGUACAGAGGAGGCGACGGCGUCAUUGGAACGUUGUCUGGGGUCGGCGGAGUGCCGACAGCGGAGGGAUUUCAGAUUGAGGAACGGAUUUCUGGGAUAUGGUGAAGUGGAUCGGAGAUAG